AAAUGGAUUCAUCGUUCGUUGGUUCGUUCAGGUUCAUCUUUGGCUGCUAUCUGUCUGCACUUCCCUUCUUCAUUACUUUUCACCCUAAUAAAGAAUCCAUUGCUUGAGUGUAGAUUCGGAAACUGUUAAUGUGAAAAACCCCUAAUAUUGCGUCGUCGUCGUCAACCCUUUCCCAAAGCUUCUGCAAUUCGACUCCCUCUGCCCCCGGCAAUUCCAUUUCCGAUUUCCAGGUUGGUUUUUCUCCUCGAUUCCACUCCCAUGGGGUUUCAUACGCCUGGAAAUCGACGAUUCAGUCCGAUUUCUGCAUUCGUAUGAUGUCUAAUCGCAUAUCUGCAUCGAUUCAAUCUGCGUUCAAACGCAUCUGCAUAUUGGAUCCCUUUCAUUGAGUAAUCAGAUCUGCGAUCGAUCAUCGAUCCCCUUCCCAUGGCCCCAUCCGCGCUGUUCUUGUUGGGGCUUCUUCUUGCGUUUUUAAUCCGUUUCUCCCAUUCCGAUCUGGAUUCGGUUUGCCCUAGAACAAACACCUCCUUCCUGAACUUCACCUCGCACUUCACCAUGGUGCAGCACCAGCUCCGCGGCCGUUUCUCCGUCGUAGACGACUGUUCUUUUCGUGUUUCUCAAUUCGAUCUGCUUUCCGGCUCCGACGUCCACUGGUGGGGCGCUUCUGGACUCACCUUCCAAAACCUAACCGACGGUUUCCUCAUCUCCGAUUCCAGCCUUAAUGGAACUUAUCAGAACGAUAGUUUCGUUGUUCGUCUGCGCAGCAAUUUGACUUGGGAUCGAAUUAAAGUCGUUGCAGUUUGGGAUAUCCCCACAGCUUCUGAUUUUGGCCACAUUUUGUUGAGAAAUUCCUCUCUGAAUUCAACAAAGGUUCAGCCACAGCCUCCUACUGUGUUGGAAAAUUGUAAAGUGUUAUCUGAUAACUACAGGAUUAGGUGGAGUUUGAGCGAGGGAGGGGACGCCAUUGAUAUUGCCUUGGAAGCUGCAGUUGGAAUUCAGAACUAUAUGGCUUUCGGAUGGGCGAAUCCGAAAGCAUCCGGCUCGUUGAUGGUAGGCGGCGACGUGGUGAUCACAGGGUUCAAGGAGGAUGGAAUUCCAUUCGCUGAUGAUUUCUAUAUAUCGAAGUACAGUGAGUGUAUCGUCAACGAGGAUGGUUCAGCUCAGGGGGUUUGUCCAGAUAGUAUGUAUAAUGCGACAGGCUCGUUGGGGGCGACGAACAACAGCAGGUUAAUCUACGGGCACAGGAAGGAUGGAGUAUCAUUCAUACGGUAUAGGAGACCGUUGAAAACCAGCGACAGCAAGUAUGAUUUGAAUGUCAGUUCGACGGAUAGCAUGGUUGUGAUAUGGGCAAUCGGACCGAUCAAGCCUCCCGACAGCAUUCGUCCGAUUUAUCUUCCGCAGAAUCAUGGCGGGAGCUAUGGUCACUUGAGGCUUAAUAUAUCGGAUCGUGUAAACGAUUGUUUAGGACCACUGGAUGCUCAAGAUAAAGAGGAUCAAGAUGUUGUCAUUGCAGAUAAGAAGGAGCCUCUUAUUGUAUCGACUGGUUUAGCGAUGCAUCAUCCGAACCCCCCGAAUCCUGGGAAAGUUCUUUACAUUAACAAGAAGGAAGCUCCGGUUUUGAGAGUUGAGCGCGGCGUGAAGGUGAAGUUUUCGAUUCAGGCCGGGCACGAUGUGGCGUUGUACAUUACAUCUGAUCCAAUUGGCGGGAAUGCGACGUUGAGAAACAAAUCGGAGACUAUAUAUUUCGGUGGUCCGAAGGCUGAGGGUGUUCAAGCCAGCCCUACGGAAUUGACCUGGGCGCCGGAUAGGAAUACACCGGAUCUUGUUUAUUAUCAGUCGCUUUAUACGCCGAAGAUGGGCUGGAAAGUUGAGGUAGUCGAUGGCGGUUUGCCUGAUAUGUAUAACAACAGCGUGUCGUUGGAUGAUCAGCAAGUUAUGUUUUUCUGGACGCUAACGGAAGAGAGCUCUAUAUCCAUUGCAGCUCGGGGCGAGAAGAAGAGCGGGUAUCUUGCGAUUGGAUUUGGUCGCGAGAUGGUUAAUAGCUACGUUUACGUUGGUUGGGUUGAUGACAGCGGUAAAGGGAGGGUGAACACGUAUUGGAUCGACGGAAGGGAUGCGUCGAACGUGCAUCCUACGAAGGAGAAUUUGACGUACGUGAGAUGCAAAUCCGAGAACGGCAUCAUCACGUUGGAGUUCACCCGUCCUCUAAACCCGUCUUGCGAUGGAAAACCGGAGUGCAACAACAUCAUCGAUCCUUCGACUCCGUUAAAAGUGAUUUGGGCGAUGGGAGCGCAGUGGUCGGACGAGCAUUUGAGCGUACGAAACAUGCAUUCGUUGACGAGCAAGCGACCGAUGAGCGUUCUGCUAAAUCGAGGCUCCGCCGAAGCGGAGGAGGACUUGCGGCCCGUUCUAGCCGUGCACGGGUUCAUGAUGUUUCUCGCGUGGGGGAUUCUGCUUCCUGGAGGGAUCUUGGCCGCACGAUACUUGAAGCAUGUUAAGGACGACAGCUGGUUUCGGAUUCAUGUUUAUCUUCAGUACUCGGGAUUGGCUAUUGUUUUCCUCGGUUUUCUGUUUGCCGUUGCCGAGCUGCAGGGACUCACUUUCGCCUCCGUGCACGUCAAAUUCGGAAUGCUUGCGAUAGUGCUCGCGAUAGCGCAACCGGCGAAUGCGUACUUAAGACCCAAAAAACCGGCGAGUGGUGAGCCUGCUUCUCCGAGGAGACUUGUGUGGGAAUACACUCAUGUUAUAACCGGGCGAUGCGCGAUAGUCGUUGGAAUCGUUGCGCUUAUUACCGGGAUGAAACAUUUAGGAGAGAAAUACGGCGACGAGAAUGUUCACGGCCUGAGCUGGGCUCUAAUAGUCUGGUUCUUGAUGGGCGCCGCAACCGUAAUCUACCUGGAAUAUCGGGAGAUUAACAGACGACGGGGGAGAUUAGUCGGGAGAAGUAAUUGGGUGCUGGGCGACGGCGAGGAUGAGGAUAUCGACCUUCUGACCCCGACCCGGAUGGCGAACAAGGAUUCGAGAAUUUCGUCAGAGAGAAUGGAGGUUCAAUUAGAACCAUUGAACAGAUGAGGAUUCUUUUUGUAGUUAGUUACUGAUAUACUCGUAGUAGUCGAGCUCCGGUCGUGGCUUUCGUUGUUUUCUUAUUACAGUCUCGCCGAUAACGGAUACUUUAGAGGUAAGAGGCUCGAUCCUCUUGUUCUUGUUGCGCGAUUCGCGCAAUCUUUUUUGUGUUUUUUAUUUACAGAGAGCAAGUAGGCGUCGGCGUAACCCAUCUUGUAUACUACAAAAAGAGUCGUUACUGUUUGCUCGAGUAAUGCCCCGACACCCUCGACGAGGAUACGAAUGUAAGACAGUAGUUUAGAUUAUACAAUUCAGUGUUGUAUCGAUCGAACGAUCGAUGGUGAGUUAA